AGAUGGCGUUGACCGCGUGUUCGUAGGACGCCUCAUCAAGCAAACAUCGGAGCGUGAAUAUUAUGCCUACCCUAUUUUUUUUUUUUUAUAUUCUUUGCAGAUGGCAAAUUGAAGGCGCGUUGCCCAUUUCGGCCAUUUGCGACGGCCGAUUUCGUUUGAAUGACAUUUUCGUACCGUAAGCUCUAAAAUAAAACUGUACGUGUGUCUCUUUUAUUUCAAAACACUUUUAAUUUGGUUGCUACGCGUCAAUUGCCGAUUCGAAAUGCCAAGUUUGACAGGUCACUCACUAGAUGGCUGUUGAUGACUCGUCCACAAGUGUGUCUGUGUAUGUUUGUCCUUGAUUGUUUUUCUUUUUCUUUUACCUUUCCCGGGAGAAGAAAAAAAAAAAAAUGGGGGAGGAGUCCCGUCUCGCGUGUUAUUUCUCUCCUUUCCUUUUCCUUUUUUUUUUUUUUUUUUUUCUUGUAUUAUAUUUGAGUCAAUUUAUUCUGCUUCUCUCUUUCUCUGUGUUCGCCUUCGGACUCCACCUGGGAGGAGAAGAAGAAGCGAAGAGAGGCAGCAGCAGCAGCAGAGCAUAGGAUAGCCGAACCAAACUUAUUACCCUCACCGAGUUCCAAGUGAAAAGAAGCACACAAAAACCCGCCGCACCGUCGCGCCCGUUCGUGUUCGUUUCCAUUGCCACAUUUCGACAACGGUCGCACACAAAAUUUGAAUCUCUUUUUUUUUUGUGUGUGUGUGUGUGUUUUUUUCGUGCUGUUGUUCGUUUCAAGUUAUUGGCCAAUUCGUUUCUUUGCUCUCCAAAAAAAUAAAAUCUUAGUGUUUUGUUUAGUCUCGAUUUCGAAUUUGUGCAACGAGUGACGUCGUCGCACGUUUUGGAUGUACGACAGGUCAUCACGAUGACAGGUUCUUGAAAUAGAAGGAAGGAAAAUUCAAACAAUAGACACACACGAAAAAAAAAAGAAGAAGGAUCCGAUUGGCUUCUUGCAUCUUCUUAUGGACAAGUCCUUGGAGUCGUGAACGAACUCGACGUCUCGGCUAUUCGAGCACGUCUUGCGGGCACGCGGGAACAUGACCACCAAGACCAACCAGCCGCUUCAACUCUUCACGAUGUUCCCGCCAGGCGGAGCGUCGACUUUGAAGGGUUUCACAGCGGCGCCAUUUGGACCAACACCAACAACAGGAUCGUCUGCCGAUCGCCAUCAUCAUCGUGCAACUCAACACGGCGAAGAGGAAGCGUCGGCUGUCAUGGUGGACAGUCCUCCAGUGAGGCCGGUGCGGCACGUCCAGCACGCCAGUCAAUGGGCCGAAUCGAAAACGACGGUGGCGCCGGGAUUGUUCGUCCGAUCGACGACGGUCAGCACGAGCCAGUGGAGCGAAUAUUCAACAUCAACUGUGACCGAGGGCGUCGUCUUUCACGGUCAAAGUUCCAGUUCCACGACUCAGUUCCAGACGACGCCAUCGACAACGGGCGCAACGUCCAAUCCAACGCUCAUGUCUUCGGCUCAAUACCUGGACGACUUGCAGUUACCGACGCAACAGCUGGACCUGGCAGCUCAGUUGGGUAAAGGAUCGAUCGCCCGCAAGGGAUCGCUGGGCGGAAGGAGGCCGCCCACCGUCCGAUAUCGUCGAGUCAACAGCCAAGGAUCGUUGCCGUACGACGAACGCGAGCAGCUGCCGCAUCAAGAGAAACCCGUUCCAGCGCCACCUGUUGCCCUACUGUCCGUUCCGACGACGAUGAACGGGACGGACGCCACCCGCGCUGGGAAAAGUAGGACGCCUCCGCCACGACCUCCGCCCCCAAAAUUCCAUCAGAAACAGGUGGAACAAGCCAUUCCAGCCGUUUCGAAUUUAGCGCCUCCGGCCACACACGACUGGAACAGCAGCCGAUCUGGAACUCCUCCGUCUCUGCCGGCCAACAGUCCGCCACCUCUUCCAGAACGUGAAGAUUUGGAUUUCGUCAUGGACGAACUCUCCUCUUCGGCUUCGGAGUCGUCUUCUUCCGCUCCACAUCCGGCCAUGACGGACGUCGUUGAAAUCAACGACAAGGAGUCGGUCGGCGAGGACGGCGAAGUGGUUCGAAGACGGACCAUCAUCACGUUAGGCCCUCGGACUGGCGCCGCACCGGCCGCUGCUGCUGGAUCGUCCAGCAGCAGCAGCAUCAACAUCACUUUGCUCAACGGUGGGCCGGCCUUCGCAGGGCCAGUCACGUCCAGUCAGUCGAGCGAUGUGCUCGCGACCAAAGCCGUGACGGAACAGGCCGCCAUGUCGAACACAUCGCUGGACGAAACGCACCGCGCCAAUACACGGGCCAGCGCUUUCAAUGCCCGUCGGACCAUCGAACAACGACGUCAGCAACGCGUGGAACAACAGAAACAAGAAGAAGAAGAAGAAGAAGAAGAAGAGCCGGACGUACGAGAACUGGAACCUCCAGAACCGGUUGUAACCAAGACCUUACCAGCGUCGACGUACCUUUACGGCGAAAGGGGCAGCCCGGCGUCGAGUUUCGGCGGUUCGUCGUUGCGGACCAUGUCGAUCUCGAUGUCGUUCGACGAUCUCGACGAGUCCAACAGCAACGCGUCCAUCACGGAACAGCAGCGUCGGUCCGGUGGGCGGAACAGGACGGAAGCGUGGUACGAGCGCCGGCAAUCUUACGGCUUCGAAGCGGCCGAUAAGCUCCAAAGUUUGCUCAACACUUCCGGCAGCUCGGACGUGCCUUCUACCGGGGCCGUCAGUCGCUCUUGCGACAGUCUCAGCUCCACCGUCCGUUCGACGUCCAGCGCUAUUGAGAAGAUGAUCCCUCCUUGGAUUAAAAAUCCGUCGCCAAAACAGGCGGAAGAGGAGACGGGCAAAUCGCCCAGCGGAUCGUCCCGUCUCUCGUAUUUCGAGCGAUCGAUGGACGAUGUGUCGGCCGACGACGAGUCGGAAGAGAACCGCAUCAAAUCGAAAGACCCGCCUUCGUCAUCGGCCGCGGCCGAUCACAAACCAGCCGGCCAGGCGAGACGGACACCUACUCCCACGUCGAUCCAGCGCUCGGAAAGCAGCCGGUCGGCCACUAACGUCCUGGAAGAAGCGGAGCCAAUUUGGCUGAGAGAUUUGCGAGUGCGCCGGAGUCUGCGCGACGGACGUCGCAAACCGCCCGCCAUCAAAUCUCCGCCGCCGAUGGAAACGCCCAUCUGGCUGGGCGUUAAACUCCGGCCUACGGGACUCUCUCUCGUCGAUCCCGAUCCAUCGGCCGGGCCGGCUUCUUCGGCUUCUAAUUUACCAUCGCCCACCAAACCGCAUCAUUACACGCCCAUCUUCACGUUCACGAACACGGGCACGACCAGCAAGAUCCAGCAGCACUUGCGCAACUCGCGCGAAAACCUCCUGUCCAGCACGGCACAGGAACCGACGGCCAGCAAAGCGGAAGAAAGGCCCGUCAAAGUGCCGACUUCGAGCGAAUCCAAAGGCGAGCUGGCCAAUCAGCAGACGGUCAUCGAGUCCAGUCACAGCAACAAUACGACCACGUUCCGUUUGGUGCCGGCCAAGUCCGUCCAGAAACCGACGUCCAGCUCGAUCGUGAUCGUCAACUCGUCCAGGGAGAGUCUGCACAGCGUCGGCACGGUCGACUCGUUCACGUGCGAAACGGCCUCCAGCAGCAAGUUGAAUCAUCACCGCUCCAUCGAGUUGAUGCGGAUGCUGGAAGAGACUCCUCUAGUGUCGACCAACGGCGUCGCGCUGCGACACGAUCGGAUGGAUUCGGCCUCGGCCGUCAACACGGAGACGGGCUCCGUCUACUCGAUGGGCGAUUGGACCGAGUGCAGUUCGGCCGUGGCGUCCGUCAAGAAUUCCAACGAAGAUCUGACAACGAUGGAAGUGCGUAAAGCCAAAAAAGUGGCCUUCGGAGCCGAUGUGAAGGAAGAAAGCGAUCAGAAGAGGUCCAGGCCCAGGCGGAUUCGUUCCAGGAGUCCGGAAUCGCGUCUGCGCCAGUGGCAGGAGAAACUGGAAGAAGUCAAAUCGACCGUUAUCCAUCAAACGGCCUCCGUUCAUCAGCCGACGUUGGAGUUUGGAACCAAUGUCCAAUCCGCCAGCCACGGUUUGCCACUCCGGCGGUUCGGGGACGACAUUAAAAACCUACCGGAAUCGAACGCGCACAUCAACAGCUCGAACGCAGUGCCUUCCACGACGACCAGUGAUACAUUCCGCUCUUUGCUCCAGCCGAGGAAACCUUACGCAAUCGUCCCUCCUACUGGACAUCCAGCUGUUCCGGUCAAGGAGUCGGUGAUCGUCGAUAGUUAUCCGCCGAUGAUGAAAGCCUACUCGACGACGUCUUCGGUUGAGGUUCCGAUUUGCAGGCCGGCUCCGGUGGUCAUCCGCAACGGCAUCGUCAAUUUCGAUUCGUCCGUCGAGCGGAAGAUCGUCAUUUUGGAAGAGAAGGAAACGAUUCCGGCUCCGAAGAGCAUCUUGAAGAAGCGGAGCGUCGAGAACUUGCUGGACAUUGAGCCUGUCGUUAAACCGGCCGUCAUCGCAGUCACUCAGACGACUGUUCCAGUCAUUCCCGCUCACGUGACGGCCAGUCAAUCGGUUCAUUCCGGAAUCACGGUCUCCAUGACCAAUCAGAAGAGAGAACCUCCGCCGGAACAUCAGGAAAUCCUGCCGUGGCGGAUACAUUUGAAGCACGUCGAACAGCCUCCGACGAUACACUCGAUUCCGGUUCAGCAGCAGCAGCAGCAACAGCAGCAACAGCAGUCGGAGCCGGAAGCUGUCGUGCCUCCUUGGAGGCUGGAAAUGAACCGGAAGAAGACUCCGCCCUUUGCGGCCAGAGCUCCGACGCCGGACAAUUUUUUCUCGCGCGGAAGGUCGCCCUGUUCGACGACAUCCGAGUCUUCGACGGCCACCAUUCCCGGCAUGUCGGCGGCCGAACUCAUCCGCAAUCUGCGUCCCAAUCCGGUCAUGAUGGUGGCUCGCUGCGAAGUCAAAGAAUCCGUCUUCCGGCCUCCGGUUUCUACGCAACUGGAAGCGGAGGUGACGUCGCCGCUGGAAUCGGAUCCUUCGUCCGUCAGGGCUGACCACGGCUAUCACUCGCUCGAGCCGGAAGCGGAAUCCAGUGCCAUGAAGAGGCAUCCAUCGUCUUCCGUCCGGCAGCAGCAGACGACGGUGGAUGAAACGAGGACGAUCGAUGAGACGAUCGCUCAGCUCAACGAAACCAUCGAAGAGAUCCGUUCUCUCGACGUCGUCCGGCCGGAAUCGGAAGCUGAACGAACCGUCACGACCCCUGUGGCCAAAACGGACAUUGGCAAUCCGUCGGCCAGCAGCAGCCCUUACCCCGUCAAAAUCGACAAACCCAGUGCUUUUUAUCCAGCGCUUUCGCAUUCCAAGAGCGGUUCCAAAAUGCCUGAAAAUCGCUUCGUCGUCCGCGAAAUCCGGCCUUCCGGCAGCGUCAACGAAGCGCGCACAUUCUUCCAGUCCACGGCGUCCAGCGAGAUGACGCACCAACGUUCGACAGUGACGUCGAAUCGCCGUGAUUCAAUCGAAGCGGAUAGUGGGCGGGCGGCGGAAGCGGCCGAAAUGAAGCCGGCUAAUCAUCAGCUGCAGCGCUUGCGGGAAACCACCAAGUUGCUGGCGGAAGGGCAUCCGCAGCUGCGGGCGGCGGCCAAGUUGAGCCAGACGAACGAAACGAGAGACGUCGGCUGCCACCACGCCAGCCAAAAUGGCGACGUGCCGACGUCAGCCACGGCAGCCAAUCAGACAAGCCCGGGGCAAAAGAGGCGGCAAUCGUUCGCGAUGACCUCGCCAGUCGAACAUGACGCCGUCCAGCCAACCCUUCACGUUGUCCAUCACAAGCCAUCCGAAUCGAACGAGUUGCGGGAGCCGAGCGUCGAGGAAGUGAUGAGUCAGUUUGAUUCGACGCUAGAUGAAGCCCUGUCUGACCAUGACGAAUUGAGGGACUCGAUCAUCCGCAAGAUGACGUCCACCACGUUCAGCAGCCGGUCCAGCACUCGAUUUGCUGCCAACAAAACGAGAGAAGAGACCACGUCAUCUUUCGCUUCCGCUUUAAAUCCACCGCCUUCCGGAAGGAGCAAAAGCCAGCCGGCCAAGAGGAGUAAUUCCAUCGAAUUGACGUCCGGCAUGCCGGAAGAGAAAGCCGCUCUUUUGGUCCGCAAAUUCUUCGGCAAUUCCGUCAUCGAAACGAAGAAAUCGCGGAUGGCCAAGACGGAGACGAUCAUGGAAGAGUCGAGCGAGGUCGGAUGCUCUUCAUCAUCGUUCAGCGAAGAGAAGACGCUGCUGGAAGUGGCGGUGGAAGCGUUCUCUUCCCCAUCGCCGCAGCCGGCGGAAGCGUACGGAUGUGACGAUUUCUUUCAUCGGCCGUCGAGCGAAGCGGAAGGCAUGAGCACGUCGUCGUUCGGAUCCGUCCUGGACGUCAUGGACACGACGACGGACGACGAGCGCAGCAUCCGCACCACGUCCUCGACGACGAUGACCAACACGACGCGCUACUCGAGUUGCAGCGAGCGCAGCGUCAAACUCAGCGACAUCAUCAAUCGUCCGGAUCGGCCUUCGUUGCUGGACUCGGCCGUCUCGUCAUCUUCGUGUGCCACUCCGGUGACGGAUGAAUUCUCUUGCGCCACUUCGGAAUCGGCUUCGAUCGCCAUCAGCGUCUGUCAGACGACGACGGACUCAUCGUCGGUCGGUUCUGACUUUUCCAGGUCGGGAUCCGGCGGCAUCCGCAGGAAUAAAACUCAACGGCAUCCAACUGUGAUCAGGAAAGAUAAGAGCAGCGUUCCGGCUGUGUCCGUCAAGUCUUCGGCGAGGACACCGCCCAGCAGGAGUCGAGGCGGGGCGGGUAGUUCGAAGGGGGCCAAUCAUCGAUCCAGCGCAUCCGCUUCGCCAUCUACCAGCUCGACGUCUGGACUGCGACGGCGAUCCAAUGGCAGCGGUAGUUCCAAAUCCACUGGCGAUCCGGCGAAAGGAUCUGCCAACAGAUCCGGCGGAAGCAAAAGCGCCACGCCUGUGGCGCCACCUGUUCGACCUCCGCGCGCGCUCCAGCAGGUCAACCCGUCGGCGGAUGUCAAAAAGAGGUGCGCGAGAACGCCGACAGGUGGCAGCACGCUCCGCAACGCGACGGCCGCUUCAUCCGCCAAAUUGCCGACGUCUUCCGCCCGGAAAUCUCCGGGCUCUCAGGCCGAUCGUAAGACUUCGACUAGCGCUCCUAGCGGUGGAACUCCUCUGGCCAACAGGACGAACCGCCUCGUGACCAUCACGUCCUACAAGACGAGGACUACUUCCACAUCCGUCAAACCGGAUGAUGCUUCGGCCGUGAGCGGAAUCAAAGUGACUCCGGUUGCAGUCGGUUCGGGACAUUAUAAAAUCCGAAUGGAUCAGCGGAUCGCAGCCGCCGCUGCGGAGAAGGCUUCCAAGACGACGGCCAAAAAAAGCAGCACAUCACAACGAACGAAUGGAAUCAAAACGACGACAACGACGUUGGAGAAACGAUCAAACGCGACAUCCGGCAGCCGGAAUACGACAGUCAAAGCUGACAAAUGAUUGCGGCGCGUUAUAAAAACAAAGAAUAGCCUAAUAAUAAAAAAAAAAAUAAUGUUUUUGUUUUCAGGAUCGAUGUAGGUGUAUAGGUAUCGACGGUGUUGAACGAUCAUCAACGACCAGUUAAAGACCAAACGCUUGUCAUUAUCAAAGAUGUUAUUGCAUAUAUAUACUAAAAAAAAUUCUGUUUUUCUUUUUUUUUAAAUAUGGGGAUCCUUUAAUACUUUUCUAUGCUAUAUAUGCUCUGCCCUCUUUGUUAUACAUAAUAAUUGUCUUUCUCCUCUC